AUGCUGGUAGCAAUGCACAAGUCAGCAAUCUUCGGGUCAGGUGCCAAAUUGGGCGAUUUGUCGACAGGACAGGCGCGUUGGGCGCUUUGGGCGUCGAGAGAGCGGGGUCGGGGGAGGGGUUCAUCACGGGUUAGGGUCAUGGCGACAGACGGCGCGACCGAUCCAAAAGCAGAGCCGGACGAACAACCGGCGGCAUCCAGUCGCAUAAAACACGAGACACAGCCGCCACCAAAGACAACCCCCGUAGCUUCUCAGCUUCCUAACUCCACCUAUCGGCAUGCCAAUACCACCCCCCCGGGUUUCGUCAACUCAAUUGGCAACCCCCCCACAAAAACUAUUGACACUGCUGGGGAUAUAGAAGUCAAGAGCGAGGGCGCAGUCCAGCUGGAUGUGUCAAACCUUCCGAGCGCGGUUCCUUUUGAGAUACCGGUUGUUGAAGGCAAGCACCGAUCAGGUCAAUCUGGGAGUCAGCCUGCGCCUAUUCACAUCCCGAGGUAUCGAAAAAGCAACCGCCCCGUUGACUGGAAACUUUUACCCCCCACCAGCAUGAAUAGCCGGCUCAUUGCUGAGCAGCAAGGGGAAAGUGUGAACGGCCUCCUUCCGGGUGGGUUAAACGGGUUCCUUCCAGGCGGCCUGAACGGUCCACUGCUGAGCAGUGUGAACGGGCCCCUUCAGUCCAGUGUAAACAGUCCCGUUUUGCCAAGGCUCUUGAUGGCGGGCAUUCACCAUCCCACCAGUCCCUACGCUGUCAAAGCCUUCGAGAACCAAACCCCGAGCGGUUUGAACAGUCCCAGAGAUUCGACUGGUGUGAACAGGCCCUCGGCUGGCGAGGAGCCAAGGCCAGCCGCUCUACAACAACAACUUGGUGUAAAUAGCCCCAAAACCGAACCCCGGUCAGCUAAUAACGGGUCCGUCGCACAGCAGACCGAUAGUGUGAACAGCCACCAGAAGGGGCAUCAGCGGCCGAUUCUGCCGGCGCAACCUCCGGGGGCUUCGCAUGUGGCUGGAGCGCAGGGCAUGCCGCAACCCCCCAUGAUGAUGCACCCGCAGCAUCCGAACCUGUAUACGGUGGCGGGCUCCUUUCCGAACCUCAGCUUCUCUCCAACUGGGGGCCCUGUUCCGGCACCGGGCCAAGUGCUCCAGCUCAAUUUCUCCCACCAGACGCAACAAUACGCGCCAUCCUCUGGCACAAACCCUGCGUCCACGCCCACGAGGCGGCCGCCCAACAUGAUUGGCGAGGUUCCGAAGGCGAAGGAUGCGGAGAAGCGGCGGGAUCGAGAGCGGGUGCGGAGAGCAAUCAUGGCGAACAUCAUCUCCGGCCUGCGAAAUUAUGGCGGAUACGGCCUCCCCUCCACUGCUCCUGACAUUGAGUACAUCCGUGCGCUGCUUCGAGAAGCGGGCUACGUUACGCAUAUUGACGGGACCACAUAUCGGCGAGGGGCCGUGCCGCCAGUGAACGUGGAGCCUAUAAUUGACGCGGGGACCUCUUCCCGCGAAGACUACGGCGCUCAGGACACUCCCCCGAGCACUUCCAUGCGCGGCGCCGACCAAGCGAACUCUUUCCGACAAGAAGCGGAGGGGAAUGCGAGCGACAACCAACCUGGUGAAGAAGACAACCGGGAUGAUACUGGGGCGGAUACAGAUACUGAGGAGAUGACCGGGGGAGAUAACCGGGGCGGGUUAGCAGGCGGAGGCGGAGAAUCAGGGAUGGAAAGAACGCCCGGAGAGGGAUCCCCCGUGGUUUUUUCGGGGCGGGGGAACGAGAUAGGGGCGGAAAGGAGACCGGGGGAAGAGAACCACGCGUCGAAAUUGGAAGAUGAGCUGCUGGAAGGAGGGCUCGGGAAGCGGUUACUGGAGUUUGUGAACGGAGGUGCUGACGCGAAGAAACUGAGAUCAAGCUGAGUGUGAGUCUGAGCUGACGUUACAGUUGGUCAAAGAGUGUGGCAUUAGAUUUUGUAGUUGAGGCCAGAGAAACACUUGAAAACGCUAUGUAAAAUCCGCUGGUGAUUGCAGUUACGAUAAACCGCUUUGUGUGAGCCUGAAACCACCUUUUUUGUUUCAACGGCUGUGGAAUCCUUUGACAUUGUUGGUCCGCCUGCCAGCGAAACAGUGACGUAGG